CCACAAUAGUAUUGUGCUCUCUCUCCAUCUCUCUCUGCUUACACACACAGCAAGGAAGUGGUAGUGAGGAACAAAGAAAGAAGAGAUGGCGAAGGACGUUGAGGUGGCGGAGCAAGGGGAGUUCUCGACGAAGGACUACCACGAACCACCGCCGGCGCCGUUGAUCGACCCGGAGGAGCUUGGGAAGUGGUCGUUUUACAGGGCGUUGAUAGCUGAGUUCGUGGCGACGCUGCUUUUCCUGUACGUAACGGUGUUGACGAUCAUUGGACAAGGCAGCGUGACGGACACCACCAAGAAUCCCAAAGCCACCGACUGCGAUGGCGUCGGCACCUUGGGCAUCGCCUGGGCCUUCGGUGGCAUGAUCUUCAUCCUCGUUUACUGCACAGCCGGUAUCUCUGGAGGACACAUCAACCCGGCGGUUACAUUCGGGCUGUUCCUGGGGCGGAAGGUGUCGCUGAUUCGAGCGUUCUUGUACAUGGUAGCACAGUGCGCCGGAGCAAUCUGCGGCACCGGACUCGCCAAGGGCUUCCAAACAGCAUACUACGACCGGUACGGCGGCGGCGCCAACGUCGUCCAGCCCGGCUACAGCAAAGGCACCGCCUUGGGCGCCGAGAUCAUCGGCACCUUCGUCCUUGUCUACACCGUCUUCGCGGCCACCGAUCCCAAACGAAACGCCCGUGACUCCCAUGUUCCCGUGCUGGCUCCACUUCCCAUCGGAUUCGCCGUCUUCAUGGUUCACUUGGCUACAAUUCCGGUCACCGGUACCGGUAUCAACCCUGCAAGGAGUUUCGGAGCGGCUGUAAUCUAUAACAGUGACAAGGCCUGGGAUGAUCACUGGAUUUUCUGGGUUGGCCCAGCAAUCGGAGCUUUUGCUGCCGCAGUAUACCACCAGUAUAUUCUCAGAGCUGGGGCCAUUAAAGCUCUUGGAUCCUUCAGGAGCAACAAUUAAAUUAAGCUCAUCAGUUCUGUCAUGUGUUACAUGGUUUGUGGAAGAAGGGGAUAUUAAUGGGUAUGGUGUUUCCCAAAAGAAUAACAAUUUCAUAUGGAGGAGUGCUACUACUGCUAGCUAGUCUGUCUUCCGAGGGUCCCUUUAAUGUUUGGCAUUUCCCCCCCUCUUUAUUUCCUUUCUGCUCUUGGAGGUUUUAAUCUGGAGAGGGAAACAAAACCGGAAAGCUAAGGACCAUAUGAACUGUAGAUAUCGCAUAUCAUAUUGCCUGAGUCCAAGGGUGUAUUUUGUAUCCCUUUUGUCGUUUUCUGUUUCUGUGUAUUCUCCUAUGUGUUUGCUUUUCUUCUUCAAUUUUUCGUCUUCACCUGGUUCUUCGUAUAUAAUAAGUGCUGUAUUCAUCUGUUCUUGGUUUCCA